AUGGGAAGAACAAGAAGGACGGCGACGACGAGUCAAACAGUUUAUUUGUGCAGAGAAGCUUUAUCCUCCAGUGAUUUUAAAGUUUCAGUUCGUGAUAAAAAUCGAACCGAUAAAUUGGAAACGGAAACUGCUAUGGAAACGAAAAAGCAAUUUGGAGAAGAUACAUCUUCAACAUCGCUCGACAGAAAUGAUGAUGCAAAAGCACUUCUUUCCAUGGUCAAAGCAAUGUCGUCUAGUCAACGUCAAACAGUGAUUGAUACACUCAAACAAAAUGGUUUAGGCGAUCCGUUAACCAAAGAAAAACUUAUUCAGAACGCAUUUACCGUGGAAAAAACGAUUCGCGAUAAUGCUUCUAACUAA